AUGGUGGUGUCGAUUGUGGCACUAUUGAUUGUGAGUUGUGGAGUUGUUGUCGUUGUCGUCGAUUGUGGCACUGUCGUUUGUCAUCGUGGAGGUGCUGUCGUUCGUGGUGGUGUAGCUGUUAGGCGCCACCAACCCAAGCGAGAUGCCAACUCCCUUACUCUAUCUUUGCCACCUACCUCUACUGCUCCAACUCUUCUCAACGGUCCCAUGACUUCUGUUAAACUUAAUGGGACCAACUAUACUUUAUGGUCUUGCUCUGUUCAAGUCUUCCUCCGAGGUAAUUUUACCUAUGCUUAUGAGGUAUGGAAGGAGUAUUUUGGGUUAGAGCAGGGUACUCUGAGACUUGAGAAUUAUUACUCUCACGUUUGGGGAGUCUGUAUUGAUCAUGGUUUCUCCACUAAUUGCUUAGCUCUUGUGAUUCCUAGUAGCCACAGUGACGGUUAUCGAGGUGGAAAUGGUGGUCGAGGAAGUCGUAUGGGUGGUCGUGGGGGCCAUAGUAGACCCUGUUCUUGUACUCACAGUGGUCGUGGAGGGCAAUCUGUUGAUUUCUAUUGGGAUUUAUAUGAAAAACCUUCUGCUGCUGCUAAUCAGGCUUCCUAUCAGGAUGACACCUCGGUUGUUGCUUCCAUACCUCAGUUAGCUCCACUAGACAUUGGAUUGGUUAUUAUUACAUGA